AUGGGUCUUGCGUACAACACGUAUCUGGACAGCAAUAAGAUCUACGGGUGCAAGAACUGCAAGGCGCACCUGGCGAACCAUGAGGACAUAAUCAGCCGCAGCUUCCGCGGCCAGCACGGCAAGGCGUACCUCUUUAACAGUGUGGUCAACGUCGACGCCGGCGACCCCAGCGAGCGGUCCAUGACGACGGGCCGCCACAUCGUCCGCGACAUCGCCUGCAAGCAGUGCAAGGAGACGGUCGGCUGGAAGUACGACAAGGCCUACGAGGCCAGCGAGAAGUACAAGGAGGGCAAGUUCAUCCUCGAGGCCGAGCUGCUCUGCAAUGUGAGUUAG